AUGACAGCUGGCAAAGGAAUUAUGCAUUGUGAGAUGCUUGAGACUGAAAGCAUAGAAGGCCUGCAGCUUUGGGUAAACUUAAGCAGAAGGGAUAAGAUGUGUGAACCAAGCUACCAAGAAGCUGAUGAAUCAGAACUUUUAAAAGCAGAAGGGGAUGGGGUCAAAGUCACUAUUAUAGCAGGGACUUGUCUUGGAGAAACUGCAAGAACAAUAACAAGAACACCUAAUUAUUUUCUUAUAGUUGAGCUGGGAAGAGGAAAAACCCUUAACCAAGAAAUCCCUGAUGGGUGGAACGCAAUUGUUUAUGUUCUCAAUGGAACUGUCUCAAUAGGAAAUACAAAAAUAACGAGGUUUCAAGCUGGAAUUUUAACUCAAAAUGGAGAAUUAAGGGUAGAAAGUAGCAAAAGGAGCCAAAUUUGCUUUGAUGGCUGGAAGACCAAUAGGUGAGCCUGUAGCGCAAUAUGGAUAAUUUGUUAUGAACACUCGUGAAGAAGUAAAACAAGCCUUUGAUGACGCCAGAAACUACAGAAAUGGGUUUGAAGCAGGCAGAGGAUGGGUAUCAAAGAUCAGCAGUUAAUAAUUUCUUACUCCCCCCCCAUCCUUAAUCGAAUGAUUGACUGUAAAAAUUCCUAAAAAUUGGGGAAGUUAACCCCCCAUCCUUGAUCGAACGAUUUAUAUAUAAAAAUAUAUCAGUUAUCAAAAGCUUGGGAAGAUGUGCCUAAUGAAGUUGUUUUCAGAGCUUUGAGACGACAGAAAGCUACGAAAUCAACCAUCCGAAGUGAUUUAGUCAUCAACCUAGGCUUAAAAAACUCAAUAAUCUAAUAAAAUACAGAUUCUUUAAAUUUUUUUUAAAAAAAAAUUAAUUUAAUAAGGAACAAAUUAAAAUUUAUACGGUUUUAAAAGGGUAGCAAUAAAUCAAAAUAUUAAAAAAUUGGUAUUUUAUGAAAUUAAUUCAAUUUUUUGCGGUAAAAAUAAUUAUUAAAUGCUCUUAACCCUUUUAUUUAAAAGUAAAUAAAAAAAAUAUAUGUAUAUAUUUAUUAUUUUAUAUAUAAUUUUUUUGGCCCAAAAAAAAUUGUUUUUAACCCCCAUCCUUGAUCGAACGAUGGCGAGUCGUUCGAUCAAGGAUGGGGGGGGGAGUUAA